AUCCACUUAGAAAACAGAGGGGCGGGUUUCCUUGCAGUUUAGACUUGACAGUGUCCAUUUCUACUUUCUAAGGUAGUACGUCUGUUGAAUUGAGGAGGUAAGGAGUGUUCGAAUUGGAUUACAGUCAUUUCUGUGUGCUGCGCGUACAUUCUUUAGAUAUAUUACAUGCAUUUUUCAGUGGAGAUAUGACGGAGGCAUUGAUUAUUGAUCUUUUCCACGGACAAUUGCUGAGUGACAGUCAGGAGACAUGGCUAAGAGAAGCGAUCGUAAAAAACUACGCUACUAAAAAAACAAAACAGGUGUUUAUAAUGUGCAAACAGCAAAGCCCUAAAAGUACUAACAACAGUACACAAAAUACCGUUAUAAAUGUGCUUGAAAAGUUUGGUGCCCUCAAAGAAGUCAUUGAAACAGUGGCGGAGCCUAGUAUGGCUGCUGCUUUCUAUCGCUUUAAGAGAGAAAUUGAUGAACUCAACCUGAGCACUGUUAAAAUCAUUGCACCCACUCCGAGGAAAGCCAUAUUGGAGGCCUAUUUAGAUCUGCUGUUCACUGCAGUCUACCAGUUUGAGUUUGAAGUCCUGCCCAAUGAUCCUGAGAGCACGCACAUAGAAUCGCCAGGGCAUUGCAGAGAUGGGGAGAUUCUGGCAGGCCAACAACUUGAACAGAUCAAAAGAGAGGUCAGCACAUUCCUAGGACAAUUGCCCAGCCUCAGAGGAGACAUCACAAUUCUACAUUCAUCUUUAAUUCCAGACAUGUGUUUUUUACACGGCUUCACGACACGCACAGGGGGGAUAUCGUACACACCCACCCUGAGCUCCCUGAACCUCUUUAGCAGCUCAAGUCGCAGGGAUCCCAAAGCUGUCGUUGCAGAAAAUAUCCGUCGAUUAUCCCAAAAGGCAGGCUUUGACCAGGAAAGCUAUCACCGUGUCCAGGUGGAUCAUGGCAGUGACGUGUGGAUUAUGGGGAGAAGGGAACCUGAGAGCUACGAUGGAAUAGUGACUAACCAGAGCGGGGUAACUCUUGUGGCCCCGGGAGCGGACUGCAUGCCUCUACUCUUCGCUGAUCCCGUGCAAAAGGCCAUUGGUGCAGCUCAUGCAGGAUUCUGCUUGAAAGAGGAGGGGUUCUUCCUCACAAUAUUCAAGACGACUCCGUGUCCGGUGAAUCUCACAGCCUCGGUUUGUGCACUGCUUGCCACGCUGACAAGUUUUUCUCCCACGUCCGAGAUAGAAACAACUUUGGGACACAGAUCGGUUUCAUAUCGAUUAAGAAAUAGAAAGAAAAAUAGAAAUAUUUCACCUCACCAGGUUCAUGUUCAAAAAAGGCACUUUGCAGUAAAUAACUUUAUAGUUGCACUGACGGUGAAAGGACAGCAGGGGGAACUAAAACCACCUUUGGUCAUUACAGAAUGCAGGAGGAGAGCAGACUCGUUCUUUCAAGCAUUCACUACCUCAGCUCUUACUCUUCAUCAUCACACAGUCCCUGACAGGAAUAUAUGCACAUGGCCAUGAGCUGACACUCUCAUAAUGACUGUGAAAGGGGUCUCUGACUUCUGGAUAUGAUGUAUGUUUGAUAUCUCUUACAAUCUCAUUUCUCUUGGACUAGAGUGGCAAUAUAUUCAAUAUGCAUGUUAACUGUGACCAGUUUGAAUAGUACCAGUACAGCUUUCAUAACUGAUGCCCAUUACCAUCAUGUGAGACAUACAUGGUUUUGUGCUGUCAAUAAUUUCUAACAGCAAAAAUGUAAUUCUAACAAAGAAGUGAAUAAUAAAUAUCUGAUGUUGUAAAACA